UUGAGUGCGCUUAUCUCUCUUAAAGCCAGCUUCGCUCAAUUUUUGUCUCAGCGAAUUGUUCUCUUUUGAAGAUGUUCAACCAAGAUGCUUUAUACUUAGAUCGAUCCUGCCUACGCGAACUCGCUUCCUCAUAGACUUAACAUAUUUUUCCUUACUUUCCGUGCUGACCAAGACCUACCCCGAAUUGCAGCUGGUGAGAAUAUGUGCGAGAGGCGAUCAGCGAAGGGCAUGGGCUGUCUUUGGUCCCCCAAGGAGAAGCAGCGUGGAUUAAACAGGAAUUAAUGUGGAAUUUAUCGGAGCACAAAGGUGGAACGACGACCGGACACAGCGCUUCCUCGUCAGGGACUGACUGAUCAUGGUCGCCGUGGUCCGCUCUCUCAUGGUACUGCUGCUCGCUCAGGUGUUGCUGGAAGGUGCUACGGGACUUAUCCCCGAGGUCGGCCGGAGGAAAUACAGCGAAUCCGGGAAGCAGGCCCCAGAGCAGUCGGAGAGCGUCCUCAACGAGUUUGAGCUUCGGCUUCUCAAUAUGUUUGGACUGAGGCGCAGGCCGACCCCGAGCAAGCAAGCCGUGGUGCCGCAGUACAUGGUGGACCUUUACCGCAUGCACUCAGCAAACGGAGACCACAGCAUUAAACGACCCAAGAGCAUGGGGAAACACGCAGAGAGAGCCGCCAGCAAGGCCAACACGAUUAGAAGCUUUCACCAUGAAGAGUCUAUGGAGGCCCUGGCCAGCCUGAAAGGCAAAACAACGCAGCAGUUCUACUUCAACCUCACUUCUAUCCCUGAUGAGGAGCUCAUCACCUCUGCGGAGCUGCGGAUCUACAGGGAUCAGGUCAUGGGAGAUGCAACCCCCUACAACAGCUCCAAAAACAGCAGCACCAAUGAUAGUGCUCCUGCAGGUGGCUUCCAUCGUAUCAACAUUUAUGAGAUAUUUGGAGUUCCUGCCACUCAAGGUAGGGAUCCUCUGGCACGUCUGCUGGACACUCGGCUGGUGCAGGACUCUUUGAGCCGCUGGGAGAGCUUUGACGUCAGCCCCGCUGUAUCUCAGUGGACCUCUGGGAAUGGCCACAACCAUGGAUUCAUGGUGGAGGUGCUUCACCCAGGGGAGGGGGAUACGGAUGGGGAGCAUGCAGAGAGACAUAGUAGGCACGUCAGGGUGAGCCGGUCCCUGCACCAGGACCAGGACUCUUGGUCUCAGGCUCGGCCUCUGCUGGUGACGUAUGGCCAUGACGGCCGUGGGGACUCGGUACUCCACACACGGGAAAAACGUCAGGCGGCACUCCGCAAACAACGCAGGAAGCACCAGCACAAGGCCAGCUGCAAGAGACAUGCCUUGUAUGUGGACUUCAGUGAUGUGGGGUGGAACGAGUGGAUAGUGGCACCCCCUGGCUACCACGCCUUUUAUUGCCAAGGGGAAUGUCCGUUCCCCCUAGCAGACCACCUCAAUUCUACCAAUCAUGCCAUUGUGCAAACGCUGGUCAACUCAGUCAACUCAAACAUCCCCAGAGCCUGUUGUGUGCCCACUGACCUCAGCCCCAUCUCCCUGCUCUACUUGGAUGAAUAUGAGAAGGUCAUCCUGAAAAACUACCAAGAUAUGGUCGUGGAGGGAUGCGGCUGCCGGUGAGAAACUGACAGUGGAAUGGAUAGAAAGAAAAGAGUGGGCAAGAGAGACUGAAAAAGACAUCAGAGGUUAAUAUGGACACCCGGUUUCCCAAUGAAGACGUUUAUUUAUAUGAAAGAAAGAAAAAACAGAGCUAUUGUGGAAGAAGAAAAAAUAGAUAUAUGAAUAUAUUUAUGUCUACGUAAAGUUGGGAAAAUAAAUAUUUUAAUCAGAGAAAUAUUACUUUACUGGUCUUGAAAAAGUAUUUCUGAUGUACAUUUCGAAAUGGGUG